ACAGACAGACGCCAGGGAGGACCAGUCCCCCUCUUGCAGUAGGCAUGUGCAAGCUAAUAUUCCGCUGCUUAUUUUUUGCCGGCUUCUUAAGCCCCUUCUUGUCUCUCCCCGUCAUCGACUCCAGUGAAGUAGCCUAUCGGCUCACAGCUGAUGACGAGGAUGCAAGGUUAACCUUGGAAGACCUGGGCAGAGCUUCCCUCUUACAAAAGCUGCCAGAGAUUUUUGGAGCAGGAAGAGAUAAGGAUUCCAGGAAAACUGAUCUUAGUGCUGACAUUUUUGACCCAAGAGAAAAUGUGAAAAAGGUUUUCUAUGGAAAAGACCCUAAAAUCUCACUCCUGAGUCAUCUUCUGGCUGGACCCAGGAAACAAUUUAAGAAACGUGGGACCCCUUCCGAAUGCUUCUGGAAGUAUUGCGUGUAAAAUGAGCUUCAGUC